GUUUAACUUUCAUACGCAGCGCAGUUCGAAAAUACAAAGAGUGGAAUACAUUGGAAUAGAUACGGAAGAAUUUUAAACGGAAGAAACGGCAACACAACUAAAAUUGACAAAAGAAGAAAGAAAAAGUGAACAAUCUCCAUGUGGAUUAAACGGAAAAUUAAUAAAUUGAACGUUCAAUUGAAUUGAUCGCCAAGCAUUGCAAACCUCUUGUCCUCCCUGCAGGUGGCCCGCGUUGCUGAAACCCUUUGCUCCCACGCACGCAACAAUUAAAUGAUUAUCGGCAAAACAAAACAAACAAAAAAACAAAAAUGAAGUAAAAACAAGAACAGCAACAAAAUUAUCAUAAAAAAUUAGUCAAAGAGAAACACAAGACCGUAAAAAGACGGUAGCAACGUGGGUUAGAGUUUUUCACGUGCAAACAUAAAAAAAAAGAUUUGAGAAAAAUUGCUAAGAAUUUUGAUCGGCCAAAUAAAUGAAUUUGCGAAAAUAUUUUUGCUGAGUGAAAACAAAACACAAAAAAAAAAACAAAUACAAAAGUGGAAAAAUAAUCCUCACAUGCUGGUAUAAACAAAAAAAAAAUGCAAUGUGUGGAAAAAAAUUGUUAAAUUAAAUGUUGAAUAUUGAAAUUGAGAUUUUUCACAAAAUUCAAGAAAUUACUCAGCAAAAUGAAUUGUAUGUGCGGAUGUAUGUAUGUGUGUAAUGGCAAAUUAAUAAACUGUCACUACCAUCUAUAAUAUCUUAAAAUCAUCAUUAAUAAACAAAAAAAAAAAAAAAAACAGCAACAACGGUAUUUUUAUAGGAAAAAAUAAAAUUCUAGAUGAAUAAAGUUUUCCACACCCCCCUCCACUUCUCAUCAACCAAAACCAAACUAUAAUUAAUCUAAAGCAAAUAAACAUAUGAUCGAGAGCAACAGUAACGGCAGCAUUCCAAUAUAAACAAAAUCGAAGAGAGAUUAAAGAGAGACAAUGUAAAACUCAAGCCUAGGUUCAAUAACAUUCUCUUUCAAAUGAAAAACAGCAGAGCUAGAAAAAACAAUUAAAAAACAAUACAAAUUGUGUAAAAAAUUUAAUUGAAAUUGCAAUAAUUUAAAAAAUAACAGAGAUGUAACGAUAAACUCCUUUGAGAGCAGUGAAAGAGAGUGGUGAAAUAGUAACAAAAAACAGUAAAAGAAAUAAAAAUAUAAACAAAAGUGAAAGCCAAAUGUUUAAAUUGCCGAAGAGUGUCUAAAGUGAAGUCAAGAUAAUCGCCUUCAAAUACUUGCUGGACGGACAGAUACCUUCUCGUCCGUUGUUGUUGCUGAUUUAAUUUCCAGUCAUUGUUGCCAUCAUCCGUAGCAUUAGAGCCGUUUAAGGCUUUACCGGGUGUGGUGUAAAACAUGACUAAAAAGUACGAGUUCGAUUGGAUAAUUCCGGUACCACCGGAACUAACAACUGGCUGUGUCUUCGAUCGCUGGUUCGAAAACGAAAAGGAUACCAAAGAUAAUGACUUCGAAAAGGAUGCCAUGUUUAAGGUCGACGAAUACGGCUUCUUUUUAUAUUGGAAAAGUGAUGGCAGAGAAGGCGAUGUCAUAGAAUUGUGUCAAGUCAGUGAUAUAAGAGCUGGUGGUGUACCGAAGGAUCCGAAAAUUCUCGAUAAAGUCACGAAGAAAUGCGGUGCGGAUUUAACGGCCCUGGAUAAGAAAUCAUUAACAAUAUGUUCCAAUACCGACUAUAUAAAUAUAACAUAUCAUCAUGUAGUGUGUCCGGAUGCGGAUACGGCAAAGCGUUGGCAAGACGGGUUACGGUUCAUUACCCACAAUAAUAAGGCCACUAAUGUCUGUCCAACGACUAAUUUAAUGAAACAUUGGAUGCGUCUAUCGUUUUCGGUGGAAAAGGGUGGGAAAAUUCCCAUAAAAGUUGUGGCCAAGACCUUUGCCUCAGGCAAAACCGAAAAAUUGGUAUAUCAGUGUAUCAAAGAUUGCGGUCUGCCCGAUGACAAGAGUGCCACCAUGACCCGCGAUGAGUUUACGUUCGACAAAUUCUAUGCCCUGUACCACAAAGUGUGUCCCCGUAACGACAUUGAGGAAUUGUUUACAACGAUAACCAAAGGCAAAUCGGAGGUCAUAAGCCUGGAACAGUUCAUCCAAUUCAUGAAUGAAAAGCAGCGUGAUCCACGCAUGAAUGAAAUUCUAUAUCCCCUCUACGAAGAGAAACGUUGUACAGAAAUCAUUAACGACUAUGAACUGAAUGAGGAUAGGAAAAAGGCUGGUGAAUUCUCUUUGGAUGGCUUUAAGCGUUACCUGAUGUCCGAUGAAAAUGCUCCCGUAUUUUUGGAUCGUCUGGACAUGUACCAGGACAUGGAACAGCCCCUGUCCCAUUACUACAUCAACAGCUCACACAACACCUAUUUGUCGGGCAGACAAAUCGGUGGUAAAUCUUCAGUGGAAAUGUAUCGGCAGACCCUGUUGGCCGGUUGUCGCUGUGUGGAGUUGGAUUGCUGGAAUGGCAAAGGUGAAGACGAAGAGCCCAUUGUUACUCACGGUCACGCCUACUGUACUGAAAUUCUGUAUAAGGACUGCAUACAAGCCAUUGCCGAUUGUGCAUUUGUGGCCUCCAGCUAUCCGGUCAUUUUGUCCUUCGAAAAUCACUGCAAUCGUGCCCAGCAAUAUAAAUUGGCCAAAUACUGUGAUGACUUCUUUGGCGACCUCUUGCUAAAGGAACCCCUACCCGAUCAUCCGCUGGAACCGGGUUUGCCACUCCCACCGCCUUGCAAGUUACAACGUAAGAUCAUGAUCAAGAACAAACGCAUGAAACCCGAAGUGGAAAAGGUCGAAUUGGAAUUGUGGCUCAAGGGUGAACUGAAGACAGACGAUGAUCCCGUCGAAGAUGCCACGGCUGCCAAGCCGCCUGAGGAGGCCCCACCACCACCACCGGAAGCACCCGCCGAACCUGGGCCAGAUGGCGCUCCCGCCGAUGGAGCUGCAGCCGAGGGCGGUGAACAACCGGCCGCCUACAGUGGCUCCACCACCAACGUCCACCCCUGGCUCUCCUCAAUGGUCAACUAUGCCCAGCCCAUUAAGUUCCAGGGCUUCGACAAAGCCAUUGAAAAGAACAUUGCCCACAACAUGUCCUCCUUUGCCGAAUCGGCCGGCAUGAAUUACCUGAAGCAGAAUGCCAUCGACUUUGUCAAUUACAACAAACGCCAAAUGUCCCGAAUUUAUCCCAAGGGCACACGUGCCGAUUCCUCCAACUACAUGCCUCAGGUCUUCUGGAAUGCCGGCUGUCAGAUGGUCUCCCUGAACUUCCAAACGUCCGAUUUGCCCAUGCAACUGAACCAGGGUAAAUUUGAGUACAACGGUGGCUGUGGCUAUUUGCUGAAACCCGACUUCAUGCGUCGCUCGGACAAGGACUUCGAUCCCUUCGCCGACGCUCCAGUGGAUGGUGUGAUUGCUGCCCAGUGUUCGGUGAAAAUCAUUGCCGGUCAAUUCUUGUCGGACAAGAAGGUCGGCACCUAUGUUGAAGUCGAUAUGUUUGGUCUUCCCUCCGAUACAGUGAAAAAGGAAUUCCGUACCCGCUUGGUGCCCAACAACGGUCUCAACCCUGUCUACAAUGAGGAUCCCUUCGUAUUCCGUAAGGUUGUCUUGCCCGAUCUGGCUGUGUUACGUUUCGGUGUCUAUGAAGAGAGCGGCAAAAUGAUUGGUCAACGCAUCUUGCCCAUGGAUGGUCUGCAGGCGGGCUAUCGCCAUGUGUCGCUGCGUACCGAAGCCAACUUCCCCAUGUCCUUGCCCAUGUUGUUUGUCCAGAUUGAAUUGAAGAUCUAUGUACCCGAUGGCUUUGAAGACUUCAUGGCCAUGCUGUCGGAUCCCAGAGGUUUUGCCGGUGCCGCCCAAAAGCAGAAUGAACAACUGAAGGGCUUGGGCAUUGAAGAGCAGAGUAGUGGUGCCGCUAAAGAUGCUGGCAAAUCGAAGGAGGAAGAGAAGAAAGAAGCACCUUUGGUCUUUGAGCCGGUCACAUUGGAAUCUCUGCGCAGUGAGAAGGGCUUCCAGAAGGUGGCCAAGAAACAAAACAAGGAAUUGGAUACCCUGAAGAAGAAGCAUACCAAGGAGCGCAUGGCAGUGCAGAAGACCCAAAAUGCCGCCAUCGAUAAGUUGAUCAAGGGAAAGAGCAAGGAUGAGAUCCGCAAUGACUCGGCCAUCAAGAAUGCCAUUGCCGAACAAACCAAACAAUGGACUGAAAUGAUCGCCAAACACAAGAAGGAGGAGUGGGAUCUCUUGCGCCAGCACGUGCAAGAUUCCCAAGAAGCCAUGAAGGCUCUCAUGCUGACCGUACAGGCCUCCCAGAUCAAGCAAUUGGAGGAGAGACAUGCAAGAGAUGUCAAGGACUUGAAUGCCAAGCAGGCCAAGACUUCCGCCGAUACCGCUAAAGAGGUACAAAACGACAAAACCCUAAAGACUAAAAACGAAAAGGAUCGUCGUCUAAGAGAGAAAAGACAGAAUAACAUCAAACGCUUCAUGGAAGAGAAAAAGCAAAUCGGUGUAAAACAAGGCCGUGCCAUGGAAAAAUUAAAAAUGGCCCAUAGCAAACAAGUCGAGGAAUUUAGUACUGAUGUACAAAAGGUACUAAACGACACACUGCCGCAGAACGACACAGUAGCAAAGUAGAUCUGCCUCUAUCUCUUAGAUAUGUACAAAGUGGAAGAAGAAGCCUAUAAACUUCACGGAAAAUCAGAAUUCUAUGCCUAGGAUUUGCCAACUGAGGAUAUCCAACAGAAUACGCCAAAACAACAAUAAUAUUAUAUUUUCAAACAGAACAGAGUUGCAGUUUUAUAAUAUUUCACAACAGCGGGGACUCAUGCAUGCAAAAAAAAACCAAACGGAGAGUAUUUUUCUAUUCCAGAGAGAGAAAGAGAGGAGAGCAACAUUUUGGUUAUUAUUGUUCUUUCCUUUGCAAAAGGUAAACAAAAACAUUUGGCUUGACACCCAAACCAAACCAAAACAAACAAACCAACAAACAAAAAUGCAAUCGAAAUAUUAAUUUCUAAGAGAACAAUGUUUAAGAAAAAUAUUAAAUAUAUAAGUUAAACAGUAAAUGAAAAAGAAAUAAUUUAUUUAAUAUCAAUAAGUUUAAUGAAAUAUUAAAAUAGCCAUAAGGAAAGUUAAAAUAAGUUUAACAAAGAGAAAGAAAAAAUAAUAAAUAAUAAUAAUGAUAGAUAUUUAUUAAACAAAAAAGAAACUUAAAUUAAACUGUUAAUAUUUAAAAAUUAAACUAUAAACAAAAUAAAUAUUUAUUAUAAAACAAAUGAAAACAAAAACAACCACAACAACAAAUAGUUUGUAUUUUUCAAUAUUAACAGGCUAACAGAGAUAAAAAAACAUGAAAAUUCCAAACAAAUAUACACCGAUUAUACAAAAUUAAAAAUAUUUAUAUGAACAUAAAUAAUAAAAAUAAUGAAUAAAUCUAAGCAAGGAAUCUAGUCAAAUUUAUAAUAAUAAUAACAAUGA